GUUAUCUGACUGCUCCAGUGUGUUUUGAAGAAGGAAGGAGCGCGGACGUUCAUUUGUUUUUAAGAUGGCACGUGUACUAUGCUUCGCUCUCCUGGCGCUCCUAGCUGCCCCAUUCCUUGGGUUUAUAUACGUUUUGUUCCUGAAAAGUCCACCUCCGCUGCCCGACAUCGAUGUCCAAGCGUGGUGGGGACCCAAGGAGCUGCAGGCUAAGCAAGAUACCAGUAUCAAGCCUUUUAAAGUGCAAUUCUCUGCCCCGAUGAUUCAGGACCUCAAAGAGCGUCUUAAGAACCAUCGCAAGUGGACUCCUCCGCUGGAGAACGUCGGCUUCCAAUACGGCUUCAACAGCAAGCAGCUGGACGGCUGGGUCUCGUACUGGGCCGCGAAAUAUAACUUCACGGAGAGGGAGAAGUUCUUCAACAGGUUCCCGCAGUUCAAGACUAAUAUCCAGGGGUUGGAUAUUCACUUCAUCAGGAUUAAGCCGGAGGUCCCAGCAGGAGUGGAAGUGGUCCCGAUGCUCUUCAUGCACGGCUGGCCAGGGUCAGUGAGGGAGUUCUACGAGGCGCUGCCUCUCCUUACCGCCGUUAGUAAGGAUCGGGACUUCGCCAUCGAGGCUAUCGUACCUAGCUUGCCUGGGUACGGGUUCUCUGAUGCUGCUGUCCGUCCAGGGCUUGGAGCCACGGAGAUCUCAGUUGUGAUGCGUAACCUGAUGCACCGGCUUGGCUUCAAGAAGUUCUACAUCCAGGGUGGAGAUUGGGGCAGCCUUAUCGCUAGCGCCAUGGCUACGCUGUUCCCUGAUGAAAUCGUCGGCCACCACACCAACCUGGGUUCCUCCAUGUCCACCAAGGCCAACAUCCUGAACGUGCUCGGCGCUUUUCUGCCUUCCUUCGUGGUGGAGUCACACUUGGCUGACCGCAUGUACCCGCUCAGCACGAACUUCGCUCGGCUGAUUGAGGAGAGCGGCUACAUGCAUAUACAGUCCACCAAGCCGGAUACUAUAGGUGUUGCCAUCUCCGACUCGCCCGUCGGUAUGCUCGCCUACAUCCUGGAGAAGUUCUCCACCUGGACCAAGAACGAGUACAAAUAUCUACCAGAUGGUGGCCUCGAUAAGCACUGGACCAAGGACCAGCUGCUCGACAACCUCAUGUGCUACUGGGCUACCAACUCCUUCACCACGUCUGUCAGAUUGUACUCUGAGAGUUUUAACAAGAGACAUUUCGGAUUGCAGUUAAAUGAGAUCCCAACCCCUGUCCCAACCUGGGCGAUUCAAGCGAAGAACGAAAUCACCUUCCAAUCCGCCAGGAUCCUUCGCACCAAGUUCCCCAACCUUGUGGCAGCCAACGCCAUCGACGACGGCGGACACUUCCUCGCCUUCGAGCUGCCGAAGGUCUUCUCUGAGGACGUGUUGAAGGCAGUUGCUGCUUUUAGGAACCUGAAGAAGGAAGCAAAGAAGAAUGAGCUGUAGAGAUAUUAUGGAAGAAGAAGCUUGCGCGCGCGUUACUUUUUCCUACAUUUGAUCUAUAUUGCCGGGGCCACACUAACAGGAAAAGGCGGGAAACGCCGUUAUAAUCCCAGUGUGACACAACACUGAUUUAAACUUUCACGAUUUUUACUCAUUAUUAUUCACAACGACGGGACUUAAUCGCGUAGUAAAUUUAAAACUUAUUUUACGCGAUUAAGUCCCGUCGUUGCGAAUAAUAAACCCAGUGUGGCCGUAUGAAAAACGUCGAAUUAACGCGAUAAUUAACGCGUUUCCCGGCGUUCCCGUUAGUGUGGCCCCAGUGCCCCAGCAUUCGAGCUUAACGCCCGUACGCGUACGCUCGUAUAAAACUAGUUUGUAACCAUCCUAAAUGCGUCAACGGUGACUGACUUGACAGUGAUAAUAUCGUCCGUUUCCCACUGACAAUCGGAAUAAAGCUAACGACAAACGUCAUCUCGCGUAAAUAUGCCCCUAACAGCAUUUAUACGUCAUUAUGACGUCAGCGACGUCAUUAUGACGCCAUAAUUACUUCAUUAUUACGUCGCUGACGUACUUUGCUACUGGUAGAUUGGCCUUACGAUCAUUUGCCACCAUCGUAGUAUAUAAGAAUAUGGUUGUUAUAUUUGUUUUGUGAGUUUAUGAAAGGGUUUUUAUAUUAUUAGGUACUUAUACAUAUAUUUUUGAAAUAAAAUGUUCAUAAAA